CAACAUAGCUUGUAACGGGUCAUAAACGACGAAUGAGAUGACACUUAGGGAUGAGGACCGUAUCUUACACGGCACCGCUACCUUCCAGUUAAUAGUUCGUCCGAGUGACUUGAGUCGACACAGCUCCAAAUUUGGCGUCCAGAGUUCCAAAUUCGAACUUCAACGGGAGCGUGUUAAGAACAAUAUUACAACCAGUCAUACAAGCCCAACUGAUGCUAUGUGGCGUGUGGUUAUCUUACUCACGUUAGUGACGGUGACAUGGGCACAACCCCAGUACCCGGGUAAUUUGACUUAUUGUGCAGUGGGCGCUCAGGCUCUUAAGACAGCGUUUACAGCAACUAGCAAUGUGGCCACGUUAAAUCUGACACAGCUCAUAGGAGAGCUGACAGAGGUGGCAAACCGAACGCAAAACAUGAAUAUAACGGUGGAAAGGAUUACGGAACAACGCCAGCUUUUCCAACAAAUUCGUGACGUGGUGCAGGUGAUGAAAGAGAAUGCGGACUGGUACUUGGCAUGCCUUGAAGCCUCUGAUCAAGCAGGAGGUCCAGCGGCCCUAGCAAUGCUAACCAGCCACUCAGCGGCGAUUGCCAGCUUGUUAACGAAACUAGAUGUACAAAUCGGAUCCCUUGACGACCGCAUCAACGCUCAGAGUGCGGAACCAAUUUUCCGAAGAAGAAGACAACUCACUCAGACAGAGGAAGAAGAAACAGUCGUUCGUAAAAAGAGACAAUUCGCACAGGAAGAGGAGGAAGAUUUAAGUCGUUUAUUGCAAAUUCUGAGUAACUUCUUAGAGCAGAUGGAAUUGUUUUUGCAGUUGCUGAUAGGUCCGAGAGCACUGAUCGGAUGCAGGGCGUCACCGGAUUCCAUAAGCGUCACUGUUUACGACGGCGUAGGGUUCGACGUCGUCAACGCUUACGUACUCAACAAGAAGAGCGUAGAAGACUGUCGGGCGUCAGCCGGGGACGGUACGAUAUCCAAUCCCUUUACCUUGUCGCUUGUGCCGAGUGGACCAUGUGGCAUUACUGGAAGCGGGACUAACGCCGAUCCAUACACGGUAAAAGUUUUGGCAGUGCGCAGUGACAUCAUUGAAUCCAGGCGUGACGUAGUGUUUGACGUCAUAUGCACAGGGCCAACGUCACAACAAGUACUUGCAGGAAUCGAAGUUUCCGAUGUAACGUUUAACCAAGGAAGAGCUGAGACACGAACAGAAAACGUGAUGCUGGAAGUCAUUGACGGAGGUGGAAAUGCUGUUACCACGUGUGCGCUAGGGGAAGAUAUUAGGCUGCGCCUGACCUUAGUACCGUCUACUACCGCACGUGGAGUGCGAGCAAUUAACGUAGCUUCGUCACCUUCGUCGGACCCAACGGCUGCAACUGUAAACCUUCUAGCAAAUGGGUGUCCUGUAAGUUCCAACCCUCCGGCAGCUGUUCUUGCUGCUGGCUUUAAUGCUGUUGCUCCAAAUCCGGGUAACGUUGUGAUCUCCGGGGUUUUCAAAUGUUACAAGUUCCCGGAUGUGACAACGCUAAGGUUCGAGGCUGAAAUACAGUUCUGCACUGCAGAUAAUGAUCAGUCUUGUACGACACAACCUGCAUGCGGGGUACGAAAGAGGUCUGUGACAGAAGAGAAGUCGGAGUCGGUUUCAGCCACGGUGACUGUGUACGUCAAUGAAGAGGCACGGGCAGCGGCUGCAGGAGGAGGUAACAGCACCGCCACUUUGACGACGAGCCGACCUGCGCCCGCAGAGAAGUUGAACAUUUGGACAUCUACAGCCUUCAUCGCCACAUUGUGCGGGUGCGCAGUGCUUAUGUUGCUUGUCAUGUUAAUGGCUGCACUCGUCAUACUUCGCUCACGCAGCAGAGUUGAUAAAUCCUAAAGCAAAGAACUGCAACAUAAGCACAGUGCUGUCACAACCCCUAAUCCAAGACCCCCAAACUGAUAGCAAUGAGAAAAUAUAGGUUCAACUAACGGAAUUAAAAAAAAGUUACUCUUAAAUUUUAGUUACUUUCACUGUAUUUUACAUUUACCCUCCUUUAACUUUGUACGUGGAUUCAAGAUGCCAAUAUAGUUACUUGGAAACAAUUUACCCACAUUUUCGAUUGGUUCUACAAAUCUUCUCUCUGCUAUCAUGUUCCACUAUUCCAGAAUUGUGCAAGAUGUCAUAUUUGCCAUGUAGCCAACAAUCAAAUUUACCUAAUACAAUUAUUUCUGUUCUUUCGGAAGAAAAAAAUGUAAUAUUCAGACGUCAAAUUGACAAAACUUGCAGUUUUUAUUUAUUCGGAAUAAAUAUUUUAAUAAAGUAAA